AUGGAUCCUCUUUCCGCAACAGUCGCGGCUACUCAAGUGGCAGAACUGCUAUACAAGGCUUCCAUGUUGAUUCGGAGAUUUGUGAAGGAUGCAAAAGCGAUCGAUGCGAACCUCAAGGGACUCGGAAAUGAAAUCCAGUCUUUGAUGUCCAUUGUCAAUUCAAUCACUACCGCUUUCGAAGACCCCACUGUUCAGCCAUCUCUGCAGGCAGCCAAAGACAAUGCGAUCUUCUUGAACCAUGUGAUAGCAUUGCUCACGGAUUGCAAAAUAAGUGGCACUGAAGUGCUGCUGAUUCUUGAGAGCCUGAGCGGGAGGGAUGACCCUGACAACUUCCUCUGGAAAUCAGCCAGACAAAUACGCUUUUACAGAAAGCAUGAGAGCCUUGAUAGGUUGCAGGCUAGACUUUCGUCCCACAAAUCGGAUUUGCAGGUUGCCCUUGGGGUCAUCAAUAUGCUUGUCACCGGUCACUCGUCGGACAGAGUGAACAAUUCGUUAGGUUCGAAAAUCGAUCAAUUGGCGAAAAACCUGGAAAUGCAAUUGAUGCAAAGGAAAUCUGUCAAUGGCAACGGGGUUGGAGAAGAUGACGACGAUGAGGACGCCCGUUUCAUUCGCCAUUCAAAGGAGCUCAUAGAUUCGGCGACGAAAGUCUUAUCAAGACAGAACACAUUGAUCUUGGAAGAUAUUGAAGUGAUUGACAUGGCGAGAGAGCUUGAUAUUGAACGCGAAGAGCACGAGUCGGAAUUCGAAGAAGUCGAAGAUCAAGGUUUCGUUCCUCCCUCAAACCGCUCCCUACAUCAGACGCAGGUCCCACUUCCCGCUCGGACACCAUCCCGUAAGCAAUCGCCAAAAUCGGUCGACACUUCUGUACUCUCAGAAAAUGGAUGUAUUUCAGCUUCGGACCAUGGCAUGACACAUGAGAUGGGACAAAACACACAAAUAGCUGUAAGGUUCAGUACCCCAUUUACAAACCCACCACGGAUGAUCUACGGACUCAGCCAUAUCGAUUGCGUGGACGGUGAGAAUGUUGUGGAUGCAGCAGGCCCACGAGUAGCUUUCGAUGUCGUCGACAUUGCCGCUGAUGGGUUCCAGGCAACCGCUCGAACAUUUGGCAAUUGUGUCCCUUGGGACCUCAAGAUGUCGUGGCUCACGCUUCCCGAGAAUGGCAUCCACUUUGAGACCGGUACUUUUGACACCUCUACGGUGCGCAACGAUUCCAGAUCGCUAGCCGUUACAGCUGUUACUUUUUCUCGACCAUUUCAAAGGAAUCCAAUCGUUUGUUGUUGGUUCACAGAAGUAGAUAUUCCGUAUGGCUGGCGCUCGUUGAGGACUUGGGCUGCUCGCAUAACACAUGAUGGCUUCGUACUAUCGGUUGAUACAUGGGCCGAUCGCGUAUGGAAGAACGCCCGGGUCAACUGGCUGGCUUAUGAUGCAGAAGAGGAUGGACGACGAAUCAAGAGCUCUGUGCAAAUCGUUAAACGACACGAAGUGAGGAAUUUUUCCUCCCCAUGGUUAAGAGAUCCUCAAGCUCGCGACCCCACCACCUUCAUUGCUAUCACCGAGUUGGAUUGCGGUCCCAGUCGCAACACCAGGAUUAGUGGACAGAUCACAAACAUCACCGGCGGACGACUGAUAGGAGAGAUUGGAACGUGGGAUGACACCGACAUGGACCAUUUGCAUUGUACCUGGAUUUCAAUAGAGUAG